AUGGCUGCGACCCCUGGUCACUUGACCAAAGACACCAAGACCCCGAACAAACCCGGUAACAUAGAAAGUGUCAAGGUUUUUUGCAGAUUCCGUCCCUUCAAUGAGAAAUUCGAGCCUAUUUCAAACCCCUGUGUAGAAUUCCAAGGAGACCAGCAAGUGAACUUCACGGGACUGGACUCCACCAAGACCUUUAUGUUCAAUAGGGUUUUCCAGUGCGACACAACACAAGAGACGGUCUUCGACGUCUCUGCCCGUCACGUGUUGACUCAAUUUCUUGCCGGGUGUAAUGGAACUAUUUUUUGCUAUGGUCAGACAGGCGCAGGUAAAUCUUACACAAUGACAGGUCCAAGUAUAGAUUCGUUUACUGAUAAGGGGCUGAUGCCUCGGGUUUUCAACUACCUAUUUGACCAGUUGUCUGCUGAAUCGCAGCAAGAGAUCUUCACACACGUUGUCAAGUGUAGCUUUUUCGAGAUAUAUAUGGAACGGAUUCGCGAUCUGCUCGCCGAGGAGCCAGGCCCGCAAUCUCCGGCAACACCGUUUACCCAGCCAAGCUUUGUGCUUCCAUCUUCCAUAAGCUAUGGUGGAAACGUUAAUGCGAAUCUCCCAGUAGGCCCAUCCAAUCUCCAAAUUAGGGAAAGCAAGGAAAAAGGCGUGUAUGUGGAAAAUCUCACCGCGUAUCGGGUCGAUUCUGCGACAGAGUUGUUGCAAUAUCUGAAGAAGGGCAAUGCUAAUCGCGUCACAGCCGCAACAAACAUGAACGACACGUCAUCACGCUCUCACUCGGUGCUAAAUAUUUUCUUGGAAACCGAGGACAGGCUCUCUGGGGCUAAGCGAAGGUCACAGCUGUAUCUUAUUGAUCUUGCAGGAAGCGAAAAGGCGUCGAAGACUGGUGCUGAAGGGAUACGCUUGGAUGAGGCACGUCUAAUUAAUCUGAGUCUGUCUACUCUGGGGAAUGUGAUCAGUGCUCUUUCAGAGGGUAGGUCUAAACACGUUCCUUAUAGAGAUUCUAAGCUAACUAGGAUACUGCAGGACUCUCUUGGCGGCACCUCAUCGACAUCGCUUAUAAUAUGCUGCAGCCCCUCAAAGUACAACGAAAUAGAAACUCUGUCCACUCUACGCUUCGGAGAACGGGCCAAGAACGUUAAGAACAAAAUAGCAAUGAAUCAGGAGUUCGGACUGAAGCAGCUCAAGGCCAUGCUUGAAAAAGCCAACGCAGAGAUUGCAAGACUCAACAGUGUAAUCGCCAACAUGGUUGAGGCCUCCCAUAUGGUCACGGAAAGCAUUAUGGAGCGCAGCAUAUUAGAGAAGAGUGUAGUUGGAGAUGGAGCCCCAUCUGUUGCAGGCAUGCUCGUGUCUAGGACGACUACCUUACCCUUGACAAAUGAUGAGACACCCGCAAAAGAGGAUAGUGCUGGAGAUAGGGGAGGGUUUUCAUCUUAUGAAGCUAAGGCAGCCGUAGAGAUUACACAUGCUAAUGAGCUCAACAGAAUAAUACUUACUAUGACGAGCUUGGAUGAGUUACGUAACAUAGUUAUAGAAACAAAUCAAAAGUAUGUCAAAACCCUCGGUGAAAGCCUUCAAGCCAUCAAUCAGAUGUAUGUUGUGCGAGAGGAAAGAAACUCCCUUCGCUCUGAGCUGAAAGAGCAAGCUGCGGAAAUAGAUCACCUUAAGGGGGUGAUUUCCGACACAAAAGCAGAGCUAGACUUUGGAGAGCAAAAGUAUAACGAGCUCAGGGCACAGUAUGAUUCGCUCGCCAUUUCUUUGGAGAGCCUAAAUAUAGAGAAGGCAGACAUCUUGCGCAAGCUCCAAGUUUCGGAAGAGAAGUGCAAGGCGCUGGGGGAGGCAGUAGAGACGGCAAAUGCUAGCAUCGCAGAGGCAGCCUUGAGCAUGGUCCAGCCUACACCUUCCAUAGUGGUCUCUAGCCCUCGCUUGUCUCUCCCCUAUCAAGUUGGAGAUGUAGGUGGGGUGGAGGUGGACUCUGGCAAUAUAAAAUCAGCGAUGAAGUCGGCAAAAACUAAGCUAGGGCAGCAUAACUCAGUAAUGUUUGACGAAACAAUCUUCUCUCAAGAUGAGGACAGCAUCAGUCUGGGGGAGUCAGGCUCGGUCCAAGUCACUUCGCACAACCUCAAAAACAUUCUUUCAAAAGAUAACGUUUCCAAUGAAGAUAAAAUUCGCUACUAUCAGCUUCUUAGAAACGAGCUCAUUAACAAGCAGACUCAGGUGCAGAAGCUAGUGAAGGCUCUGGCAUCUAAUGCCUUCACCAUAGUAGAGGCAGAGCUCCAGGCAGCAACCAUGGAGGAGAGGAUCUCUGCUCUUUGCAAUAAUGCAAAAAUCCUGAAGCAGUACAAAUAUCUUGACAAGACUGUCAAGCUACAAGCAGCAGACCUUUUGCACAUGGCCGAGAAGGUCACGGAACUAGAACUGAGUAACAAGUUAGCAUCCGCUGAGAUAGCUGAACUAAAGACCAACAACACUUAUCUACUGGACCAGUUGACGAAUACCCGUACAAGCGUUAAUAGGAUUAUUAAGUAUAAGGAUGACAUGAUUAACAUACUCCGAGGAAAGAUAGAGGCACAAAACAACAUAUUGGAUGGCCUGGGUGAGAAUCCGUCUGUUGCUGGGAAUAGGGUAUCGUUAUAUUCUGUCACCAGAAAGGGAACGAUUUUAGCCAAUGGAGAACUCUUCACUAAGCAAAAGCACGAAGAGUGUGACUCGGGCCUCGGCUUCAUAGACUGUAACGGCCAGUACACUAUUGCACAAGGUUUUCAGUACUUUAAGACAAUGCCAUACAGCAAUGACGGACCUGAGCUGUCCUUACCAGAAAUACACGGCCUAUCUGUUUUAUUACCAGGUGAGAUGAAGCCAGUACUAACAGUGGGCUCCUCUAGGUUCGCUAACCCUUCGCUAAUAUGUCGGAAGGGUCGCUACUCCUCAAAGUAA